CUCUGUAUUGGAUGACCAUUGGUGUUAGCGGGUCCGCUCCAAAACAGAAGCUGAGCUUACCCGGGACGAUUUAUGGAUAUUUAUAAGCAUUUAUGUAGACUGUACAUUACUUAUAAGCGCCGUUAGUUACCGAAGAGGCUCUUAAACACACCGUUUAACGUUCAUGUUCGCGCAGUUUCGUAAAAAGUGACGCUUGAUGGUGGAAACGUGCAGGAUUGUUACCGGGUGAGCGGCUGCUUUCAGCGGACACAGCGGUAACUGGAGUCCGAGGAUUUAAGGCCUAGUGCGGACGAGCACCGGGAAACAGGAUGUCGGACUCAGACAGUGAUGAGGAUCAGGAUCGGCCAUUCCAGCUGACCGGCUUCCUGUUUGGAAACAUUAAUGAAGAUGGACAGCUGGAGGAUGACAGUGUGCUGGAUACGGAGUCUAAGAAGCACCUGGCUGGUUUGGGUUCUCUGGGUUUGGGUGCUCUGAUUACAGAGAUUACAGCAAGUGAAGAGGAUACGUCCAAUCAGGACCGAGACCAGGGCAACACUGAUGCAGAUGGGUGGGUAAAGAGCACUGAUGAUGCUGUGGAUUAUUCAGACAUCAGUGAAGUUGCUGAAGAUGAAACACGCAAAUACAGACAGGCCAUGGGUAACCUGCAGCCUUCACAGAGAACAGAUGAUGACGAUGAUUAUGAUGCUGACUCUGAGGACAUCGAUGCCAAGCUUAUGCCUCCCCCACCACCACCAACCCUGGCAGCCGGUGCAAAGAAAGAUGACCUGCCUACACAGGGUAACACUGUAAAUGAUGAAGGUGACGGCAUUAUUCUUCCCUCCAUCAUUGCUCCCUCCUCUGUGGGUGAUAAGGUGGAGUUCAGCAGCUCAUCUGACAGUGAGAGUGAAAGUGAUAGAGCACCAUCCUCUGCGGGAGCAGGGUCUCAGAGCCGAGUUCUAACACUACCACUCGCAGGAAUUAUGCAGAGAGAUGCAGCUAAGGCACUGCCAGGGGUUACCGAACUAUUUCCUGAAUUCAGACCGGGCAAGGUGCUGCGCUUUCUCCGUCUCUUCGGACCUGGGAAGAACAUGCCAUCAGUCUGGCGCAGUGCCAGGAGGAAGAGGAAGAAGAAGCACAAAGACCCACAUUCUGACACACCAAUUGCAGACGGUGAAUCGAGUGUGCCAGAGGGCGGCGCUGAAAAGAAAUCUGGUUGGGAGUAUGAUUAUGCCCCACCCCCACCUCCAGAGCAAUGUCUGUCAGAUGAUGAGAUUAGUAUGAUGGCCCCGGUGGAGAGUAAGUCUCUGCAGGUAACAUGUGAGGGGGAUAAGGUAGCAGACAUGCGGCCGAAGGUGGCUGAGUGGCGCUAUGGUCCAGCUCAGCUCUGGUACGACAUGAUGGGAGUUCCAGAGGAUGGAGCAGGAUUUCACUAUGGAUUAAAACUCAAAGAGGAAUCGCAGGAGGAGCAAGAAGAAAAAAACACCAUCACACAAACUCCGGCACAGACACACACACCUCCGGCUGAGACCGUGCAAGGAGAACAGGAGGAGGAAACAGAAAUGGACAAGACGGUUGAUGUAGGUCAGCUGGAGGACGAGCUAUUCCUAAUGGUCACUCAGCUACAGUGGGAGGAUGACAUUAUCUGGAAUGGAGAAGAUGUGAAACAUAAGGGCACAAAAACACAGAGAGCCAGUCUGGCAGGGUGGCUUCCAUCCAGCAUGACCCGCAACGCAAACGCAUAUAAUGCCCAGCAGGGUUUGAACCGCAGUAACUCUCAGCUGGUGCCCCCCACUCCACCUCCUAUUACCAAAACUCUGUCUAUAACCGGAUCCAAGAGAGACAAACACAGUCACGACCACCUGGUUUCUCAUGAGGACGACAAUCCCUGGUUUUCCAUUUUCCCAAUCGAUAAUGAGGAGCUGGUGUACGGACGCUGGGAAGAUAACAUCAUCUGGGAUGAUCAGAAAAUGGAACGCCUGCUCUCGCCUCCUGUACUGACCCUCGACCCCAACGAUGAAAACAUCAUACUGGAGAUACCAGAUGAAAAGGAAGAGAGGACGUCUCACUCUCCCUCAAAAGAAAAUAAGAAAGAAUCUGCUCUGAAGAAGAGCCGGAUUCUUCUGGGAAAGACCGGAGUAAUUAAAGAGGAACCUCAGCAGAACAUGUCUCAGCCAGAGGUGAAGGACCCAUGGAAUCUGUCCAAUGAUGAGUUUUACUACCCCAAACAGCAAGGGCUUAGGGGCACAUUUGGAGGCAACAUCAUUCAGCACUCUAUUCCUUCAGUGGAGUUGAGGCAGCCAUUCUUUCCCACGCAUAUGGGUCCGAUGAAGCUGCGCCAGUUCCACCGGGCUCCUUUAAAAAAGUAUUCGUUUGGAGCAUUAUCACAGCCGGGCCCACAUCCAGUACAGCCUCUACUUAAACACAUCAAGAAGAAGGCCAAGAUGCGAGAACAGGAGCGGCAGGCUUCUGGUGGGGGUGAUAUGUUUUUUAUGCGCACGGCUCAGGAUCUGACUGGUAAAGAUGGAGAUCUAAUCCUGGCAGAAUACAGUGAAGAAUAUCCUCCUCUAAUGCUGAAUGUUGGCAUGGCAACCAAAGUCAAGAAUUACUACAAAAGAAAGCCAGGUAAAGAUCCAGGUGCUCCAUACUGUAAGUAUGGAGAGACAGUGUACUGCCAUACCUCACCUUUCCUCGGUUCGCUCCACCCCGGACAACUACUGCAGGCAUUUGAGAAUAAUUUGUUCAGAGCGCCGAUCUACUUGCACAAGAUGCCGGAGACAGACUUCCUGAUCAUCCGCACCAGACAGGGUUACUUUAUCCGAGAGGUUUCGGAUAUAAUGGUGGUCGGACAGGAGUGCCCAUUGUAUGAAGUGCCUGGACCAAACUCCAAACGCGCCAACACGCACAUCCGAGACUUUCUGCAGGUGUUUAUAUACAGAUUGUUUUGGAAGAGUAAGGAUCGUCCGAGGCGUAUCCGGAUGGAGGAUAUUAAAAAGGCCUUUCCCUCUCACUCAGAGAGCAGCAUCCGCAAACGCCUCAAACUAUGUGCAGAUUUUAAACGCACAGGUAUGGACUCUAACUGGUGGGUUUUAAAGCCUGAUUUUAGGCUCCCUACAGAAGAAGAGAUUAGAGCAAUGGUUUCUCCAGAGCAGUGCUGUGCUUAUUACAGCAUGCUUGUGGCAGAACAAAGGCUGAAGGAUGCUGGUUAUGGUGAAAAAUCCUUCUUUGCCCCAGAGGAGGAAAAUGAAGAAGAUUUUCAGAUGAAGAUCGAUGAUGAGGUGCGCACAGCUCCGUGGAACACCACCCGUGCAUUCAUUGCUGCAAUGAAAGGAAAAUGCCUGCUGGAGGUCACUGGGGUUGCGGACCCCACCGGCUGCGGAGAGGGCUUCAGUUAUGUUAAAGUACCAAAUAAACCAACUCAGCAGAAGGAUGAACGUGAGCCUCAGCCUGUGAAGAAGACUGUAACAGGGACGGAUGCUGAUCUGAGACGACUGUCUCUCAAAAACGCCAAACAGCUAUUGCGCAAGUUUGGCGUUCCAGAAGAAGAGAUUAAGAAGCUGUCUCGCUGGGAGGUGAUAGAUGUGGUGCGGACGAUGUCCACUGAGCAGGCUCGUUCGGGUGAAGGGCCCAUGAGUAAAUUUGCCCGUGGCUCACGGUUCUCUGUCGCAGAACACCAGGAGAGAUACAAGGAGGAGUGCCAGAGGAUAUUCGACCUGCAGAACAAGGUGCUGGAAUCUACAGAAGUACUGUCGACAGACACAGACAGCAGUUCUGCAGAGGACAGUGAUUUUGAGGAGAUGGGGAAGAACAUAGAGAACAUGCUGCAAAACAAAAAGACGAGUUCUCAGCUGAGUCGGGAGAGGGAAGAGGAGGAGCGAAAGGAGCUUCAACGAAUGCUGCUGGGAGAGGAUGGGUCAGACCGUGACAAGAGCCGCAAGGAGAGACGGAAAGCAUUCUCGAGUGCUCAGUCCACCAGCUCUCACAAAGAUGACGAUGCUUCCUCGGUUACGAGUCUGAACUCCUCAGCGACGGGACGCAGGCUGAAAAUCUACAGGACGUUCCGGGAUGAGGAUGGUAAAGAAUACGUCCGAUGUGAGACGGUCCGCAAGCCGACUGUCAUUGACGCUUACUUGCGCAUACGCACCACCAAGGACGAUGAGUUCAUUCGGAAGUUUGCUCUGUUUGAUGAGCAGCACAGGGAAGAGAUGAGGAAAGAGCGGCGAAGGAUUCAGGAGCAGCUCCGCAGACUCAAACGCAACCAGGAGAAGGACAAGUUCCGCUGUCCUCCAGAAAAACGUCCCAAAAAGGCUAAAGAGAGGCCCGAUCUAAAGCUGAAGUGUGGAGCAUGUGGCGCGAUUGGUCACAUGAGGACGAAUAAGUUCUGCCCACUGUACUAUCAGACCAAUGCCCCGCCCUCUAACCCUGUUGCCAUGACAGAGGAGCAGGAGGAGGAACUGGAGAAGACUGUCAUUCAUAAUGAUAAUGAGGAGCUCAUUAAAGUGGAGGGAACCAAGAUCGUUCUGGGAAAACAGCUAAUAGAAAGUGCGGAUGAGGUGAGGAGGAAGUCUCUGGUCCUGAAAUUCCCCAAACAGCAGCUCCCGCCGAAAAAGAAGAGACGUGUUGGCAGCACCAUUCAUUGUGACUACCUUAACCGUCCUAACAAGUCUAUCCACCGGCGAAGAACUGACCCAAUGGUUACUCUUUCUUCUGUACUGGAGAGCAUCAUUAACGACAUGAGAGAUCAUCCUAAUACAUACCCGUUCCACACCCCAGUGAAUGCUAAGGUGGUGAAGGACUAUUAUAAAAUCAUCACUCGGCCAAUGGAUCUGCAGACUCUGCGGGACAAUGUUCGAAAACGUCUUUAUCCUUCCCGAGACGAGUUCAGAGAAAGCGUGGAGCUAAUCGUUAAAAACAGCGCUACUUACAAUGGAGCGAAGCAUCCUCUGACGCAGGUGGCUCAGGCCAUGUUGGACUUGUGCGAUGAAAAGCUGAAAGAGAAAGAGGAGCGUCUGGUGCGUCUGGAGAAAGCCAUUAAUCCUCUGCUGGACGACGAUGACCAAGUAGCAUUCUCCUUCAUCCUCGACAACAUUGUCACUCAGAAGAUGAUGGCUGUAACUGAAUCAUGGCCAUUCCAUCAUCCUGUAAAUAAAAAGUUUGUUCCUGAUUAUUACAAAGUCAUCGCCAACCCCAUGGACCUGGAGAACCUGCGAAAGAACAUCAGUAAGCACAAGUAUCAGAACCGUGAGGUGUUCCUGUCGGAUGUCAGUUUGAUCCAUGCCAACAGUGUAAAAUACAACGGUUCUGACAGUCAGUACACGAAAACUGCUCUGGAGAUUGUAAAUGUCUGCAAGCAGACUUUAGCUGAGUAUGAUGAGCAUUUGACUCAGUUAGAGAAGGACAUCUCUACAGCUAAAGAAGCUGCUCUGGAUGCUGCUGACCUUGAGAGUUUAGACCCUCUGACCCCAGGACCAUACACACCUCAGGGUGAUGUUAGCCUGUUAGCCGAGGCUACGCUAAUUCCUCCCAUCUCUCAGAAACGAGGGGGGCAGGGUCGUGGACGUGGCCGACUGGGGGAGGAGGAGUCAGAUGUUGACAUUGAAGGGUUUGAAGAAGAUGAUGAUGGCAAACCCAAAACACCUGCUCCGGUAUAUUUGGGGGCUGAAGACGGUGAUUUGGACGAUGAUGACGACGAGAUGCUACUUCCUCCUCGGCGGAGGAUGGAUGAGGAUGAUGAGGAGUAUGAUGAAGGCUCUAGCAGGCCAGCACAGCCCAGUGUUUUGUAUCAAGAUCUGCUGAUGUCAGAUGUGGAAGAUGAGGGCAGUGAAGAGGAGGGAGACAACCCAUUUUCCUCAAUCCACCUAUCAGAGAGCGGGAGUGACAGUGACCGGGAAGCUGGGCAUCAGGAAACUGCUCGCAUGGGGAUGGAGCAGGAAGAGAGCAUGAUGUCAUAUGAGGGGGAGGUACCAGACGAGGAUACACACAUGGAGGACAGCAACGUCAGUUAUGGCAGUUAUGAUGAAGGGGACAGUCAUCGUCAAGGACGGAGCUCCAGCCCCGGGGGAGGCGAGGUGGAGGGGCUGUAUGGUGUGAGUGAGGAAGAAGAGGAAGAGGAGGAAGAUGAAGGAGAAGAGCAACGGAGAGGACCAAGUGUUCUAAAUCAGGUUCAGCUUAGUGAGGACGAGGAGGACAGUGAAGAAUUCAGGUCCAUCGGAGGGGACAGUGAUAUGGACUCAGAUACUUAACACACACUUAUUUUUAAUUAUUGUAAAUAUUGUUGAAUGUUUAGCACAUCAUGUCACAGUGUUGUGAUUCCUUAUUUCCUUUUUGAGCUUUUAUCUGGGAUUGCAAAGUAAACUGUUAUAGUUUUCCAUGUUUUUUUUACACAAGCCAUAUGAGAACAUGUGGAAAUAAAAGUUUGUGGAGAUUAA